AUGGGUGUCAACUCAAACAGAGUUGAGGACCUUCCCUGCCACCAUGAUCAUCAUCAAACCACCACUGUGAGAAUCCCAUCAGACAUAGACUUAGAGGCAAUGCCACCGCUUGAAAUCCACAGGGUCUGUCUGCCACCAAAACAGAGCACCUUGCAGAAACUCAAACAUAGGCUUGGUGAGAUCUUUUUCCCAGAAAACCCACUUCACAGGUUCAAGAACCAAACUUGGUUCAGAAAACUGCUCCUGGGUCUUCAAUUCUUGUUCCCAAUAUUCCAGUGGGCUCCUGAGUACAAUGCUCAACUUCUCAAGUCUGAUGUCAUCUCUGGCCUCACUAUUGCUAGCCUUGCAAUUCCUCAGGGUAUCAGUUAUGCAAAGCUUGCAAAUUUGCCACCAAUAGUUGGGCUAUACUCAAGUUUUGUGCCCCCACUGAUAUAUUCACUGCUUGGGAGUUCAAGGCAUCUUGCUGUUGGUCCAGUUUCAAUAGCAUCAUUAGUCAUGGGAUCAAUGUUAAGUGAGGUUGUCUCUAGUACUGAAGAGCCAAUCCUUUAUCUGAAGUUGGCCUUCACAGCUACAUGUGUUGCUGGUAUUUUCCAGGCUUCUCUGGGUUUUCUAAGGCUAGGCUUCAUAAUUGAUUUUCUGUCAAAGGCAACUCUAGUUGGAUUUAUGGCCGGUGCAGCAGUCAUUGUUUCCCUGCAACAGUUGAAAGGAUUGCUUGGGAUUGUCCACUUCACCACCAAAAUGCAAUUUAUUCCAGUCAUGGCCUCAGUUUUCAGCCACAGACAGGAGUGGUCAUGGCAAACAAUUGUGAUGGGCUUCAGCUUCCUGCUGUUUCUAUUCAUAACCAGGCAUAUUAGCAAAAGAAACCCCAAACUCUUCUGGGUUGCAGCAGCAGCUCCAUUGACAUCAGUUAUUGUUUCGACACUCAUAGUCUUCCUCCUCCAUUCAAAGAAUCCUAAAAUCUCUGUUAUUGGUCAUUUGCCAAAGGGUGUUAAUCCACCUUCAUCAAACAUGCUAUACUUCAGUGGCCCUUACCUAGCUCUUGCUAUAAAAACUGGCAUUAUAACUGGGAUCUUGUCUCUGACCGAAGGAGUUGCAGUAGGAAGAACAUUUGCUUCUCUGAAAAACUACCAAGUGGAUGGAAACAAAGAAAUGAUGGCAAUUGGGCUCAUGAACAUUUGUGGUUCUUGUUCUUCAUGUUAUGUUACCACAGGUUCAUUCUCUAGAUCUGCAGUCAACUACAAUGCUGGAGCAAAAACAGUUGUUUCAAACAUUAUUAUGGCCGCAGCUGUGCUUAUAACUCUUCUGUUUCUAAUGCCACUCUUCUAUUACACCCCCAAUGUUAUCUUAGCCACCAUCAUCUUAACGGCUGUGAGCGGACUAAUUGAUUAUCAAGCUGCAUAUGACUUGUGGAAAGUCGACAAACUUGACUGCAUGGCCUGUUUAUGCUCCUUCUUCGGCGUUCUUUUCAUUUCUGUCCCAAUUGGUCUCGCAAUUGCAGUUGGAGUAUCAGUUUUCAAGAUCCUCCUUCAUGUCACCAGACCAAACACCAUGGCUUUGGGGAAUAUUCCAGGAACACAAAUAUACCAGAAUCUCAAUAGAUACGGAGAAGCUUCAAGGAUUCCAUCAUUUCUUAUUCUAGCUAUCGAGGCACCAUUCUACUUUGCAAAUUCAACUUACCUACAAGAGAGAAUACUAAGAUGGGUUCGCGAAGAAGAAGAGAGGAUAAAAUCAAACAAUGAGGGCAUAUUGAAAUGUGUAAUUUUAGACAUGACAGCUGUGACAGCCAUCGACACUAGUGGUAUCGACACAUUGUCCGAACUCAGAAAGAUGCUAGAGAAAAGAUUGCUUCAGCUUGUGUUGGCAAAUCCUGUUGGAAGCGUGAUGGAAAAGCUACAACAAUCAAAGACUUUGGGGUCAUUCGGAUUGAAUGGAGUCUAUCUCACAGUUGGAGAAGCUGUGGCUGACACAUCAUCACUAUGGAAGGCUCGAGCAUGACCUUCUAAAGGACCUCAGUAGGACUGGAUGGCCCAGUAUAUAAAUAUGGCUUCUCGACCAAAAAAAAAAAAAGUAUAUAAAUAUGGCUAAAGCCACUGCUUGCUGGACAGUCUAGGAAGAGCUUUAGUAAUGCCAGCGGUAUUUUCUUUGUGAUGUCUUUUUGUGGGGAAUCCAUGGAAAAUAACCAUUUUGGUUGAAUUAGAAAGUUGUU